GCUGGGUCACUCGGACUUUUAACGUGGGGGCUCACCACGACUGACUGCACGGCCUGCCGGCCCUUAGCACGAGCGAGGGGAACCCGGCUGGGUGACGCGGUGCCCGUUCGAGGAGCCCCUGGCCCUCCCGCCCUCGGCCGCCUCCUGUGCGUGAAGUGAUUCCGCGGUCCGGGUCUGGAUUGCGGUUCUCGCGCCCCUGCUGUGGGGAGCGGGUGUUUAACCCGAGGCCUUCGGUCCUUCGGUGUCUUGGGAGUGUUCUGUGUAUGUACAUAUUCUGCUCUUAAGUUGAUAAGUACACAUAUAUUGAGCGUGUCCACGCCUCCUCGCCGAUCCUUAGGAGUCCUUUGGCACCAUGUCCUGUGUGCAUUAUAAAUUCGCUUCCAAGCUCAACUAUGCCAGCGUCACCUUUGAUGGGCUGCACAUCUCCCUCUGCGACCUAAAGGAGCAGAUUAUGGGGAGAGAGAAGCUGAAAGCUGCCAAGUGCGACCUGCAGAUCACCAACGCGCAGACCGAGGAAGAAUAUACUGAUGAGAGCGCUCUGAUUCCUAAGAAUUCAUCUGUAAUUGUUAGAAGAAUUCCUAUUGGAGGUGUGAAAUCUAUAAGCAAGACGCACCUUAUACAUCGAACUGAACUAGUGAUGGGAACUUCAAAAGUAAUUGAUGACUCUUCUGCAUCUAUUUCUCUGGCCCGGCUUACAAAGACUGCCAAUCUUGCUGAAGCCAAUGCUUCUGAAGAAGAUAAAAUUAAAGCAAUGAUGUCGCAAUCUGGCCAUGAAUACGACCCCAUCAAUUACAUGAAGAAGCCUCUAGGUCCACUAUCUCCAUCUUAUACCUGUUUCCGCUGUGGUCAAGCUGGCCAUUUUAUUAAGAAUUGCCCAACAAACAGGGAUAAGAACUCCGAAUCUGGUCCUAGGAUUAAAAAGAGCACUGGAAUCCCCAGAAGUUUCAUGAUGGAAGUGAAGGAUCCCAACAUGAAAGGUGCAAAGCUCACCAACACUGGAGCAUACGCAAUACCAACUAUAGAUGCAGAAGCAUAUGCAAUUGGGAAGAAAGAAAAGCCACCUUUCUUAUCAGAGGAGCCCUCUUUGUCUUCUGAAGAGGAUGACCCUAUCCCAGACGAGUUGCUGUGUCUCAUCUGCAAAGACAUCAUGACCGAUGCCGCUGUCAUUCCCUGCUGUGGAAACAGCUACUGUGAUGAGUGUGUAAGAACAGCACUCUUGGAAUCAGAGGACCAUACAUGCCCAACGUGUCAUAAAAAUGAUGUCUCUCCGGAUACUUUAAUUGCCAAUAUAUUCUUGCGACAGGCUGUUAAUAACUUCAAAAAUGAAACUGGAUAUACAAAAAGACUACGGAAAAAGUUGUCCCCCAAAGCACCCCCAAUACCGCCACCGAGACCACUCAUUCAGCGGAAUCUACAACCUCUGACGAGAUCUCCAACAUCAAGACAACAGGAUCCUCUGAUGAUUCCAGUGACAUCUUCAUCAGGCCACCCGGCUCCCUGUAUAUCUUCAUUGACUUCUAAUCAGUCUUCCUUAGCCCCUGCUGUGCCUGAAAAUUCAUCUACCCCAGCGCCUGGACCUGAUGUAACUGUAAAGGUCUCCGUAUCAGUCCACUCAGAAAAAUCAGAUGGGCCUUUCCAGGAUUCUGAUCAUGAAAUAUUGCCAGCUGCAGCCCUUGCCUCAGAACAUUCAAAGGGAACCUCUUCAAUAGCAAUGACUACCCUUAUGGAGGAGAAAGAUUACCAGGUGCCUGUGCUUGGAAGCCCAUCUUUGCUUGGACAGCCAUUAUCGCAUGGACAGUUGAUCCCUACAACUGGUCCAGUAAGAAUAAAGGCUGCUCAUCCACGUGGUGGUCGACCAGGUUGGGGGCUUUCCAACAAGCCUGGAUAUCUGGCUUCUCUGCCACAGCAAAGUAGGAGGGGAGAGAGGAGUGGCUACAGAAGUAUAAACCGUGGACGACACCACAGCGAAAGAUCACAGAGAACUCAAGGCCCGUCACUACCAGCAACUCCAGUUUUUGUGCCUGCUCCACCCACUCCUCUGUACCCACCUCCUCUACAUACACUGCCUCUCCCUCCGGCUGUUCCUCCACCACGGUUUUUUCCUCAGUUUCCUCCUGGCCUGCCAACACCUGCUGGGUAUAGCAUCCUUCCCCCCAAGUUCCCUCCAGCGCCAGCCAAUUUAUCAACACCUUGGGUAUCAUCAGGAGUGCAGACUGCUCAUCCAAAUACCAUCCCAGCAACACAAGCAGCACCACUGUCCAGGGAAGAAUUCUAUAGAGUGCAGCGAUGGCUAAGAGAAGAGUCUAAAUCUCCCUAUAGUGGUUCCUCAUACUCCAGAAGUUCUCAUACUUACUCUAAAUCAAGAUCUGGUUCAACACGGUCACGUUCUUAUUCUCGAUCAUUUAGCCGCUCGCACUCUCGUUCCUGUUCUCGAUCACCUCCAUACCCCAGAAGAGGCAGAGGCAAGAGUCGAAAUUACCGCUCAAGGUCUAGAUCUCAUGCAUAUCAUCGGUCUAGGUCAAGGUCAACACUAUAUAGACGAUAUCAUUCACGAUCAAGGUCCCCUCAAGCAUUUAGGGGACAGUCUCCAAAUAGAUGUACUGUACCACAAGGGGAAACAGAACGUGAAUAUUUUAAUAGAUACAGAGAAGUUCCACCACCAUAUGACAGAAAAGCUUAUUAUGGGAGAGGUGUUGACUUUAGAGACCCAUUGGAAAAAGAGCAAUACCGAGAAUGGGAGAGAAAAUACACAGAGUGGUAUGAAAAUUACUACAAAGGUUACGCUGCUGGAGCACAGCCUCGACCAUCAGCAAAUAGAGAGAACUUUUCUCCAGAGAGGUUUUUACCACUUCAUAUCAGGAAUUCUCCCAUUACAAGGGGCCCCAGAGAAGAUUAUUCGGGUGGACAAAGUCAUAGAAGUCGAAACAUAAGUGGUAGCAACUAUCCAGAAAAGCUUUCAACAAGAGACAGUCACAAUCAGAAGGAUAGCACAAAGUCAACAGAGAAGGAGAGCAACAGUGCUGCAGGAGACGGUAAAGGAAGUAAACAUAAGAAACAUCGAAGGCGGAGAAAGGGGGAAGAAAGCGACGGCUUUCUAACCCCAGAGUUGUUAGAACCUUCUAGAAAAUCAAGAGGAACCACAAGUGGCGAGGAAAGUACAACAGACUCAUUAUCUGUUCUUCCGAGUAGAGAUGAACCCAUGGACGCAGAACCCGUCCCUUUUAAAUCAGUGUCUGAAAAACACAGGAGAGGAAAGGAGAAGCCCAAAGCAAAAGGAGACAAGACCAAACGAAAAAAAGGUGGAUCUUCUGAGUCCCAAAAAGAAAACGUCAAACCUGCUAAGGGAUCCCAGGAAAAACUAGAGGGAGAGGGUGAAAAAUCUCCAUCUGAACCUCCACUUAAAAGAGCCAAAGAGGAGACGCCAAAGACUGACAGUGCUAAGUCAUCAUCUUCCUCUCAAAAAGAUGAAAAGGCCAUCGGCACCCCCAGAAAAGCUCACUCUCAGUCAGCAGAAGAACACCAAGAGACAGAACCUAUCAGAGAGGAAAGAGUGAAGACAGACUAUUCCAAAGACGUCAAAUCAGAAAAACUAACUAGUAAGGAAGACAAGGCCAAGAAGCCUACUGAGAACAGGAAGCCUCUUGACAGCAAAGGAGAAAAAAGAAAAAGAAAAACUGAAGAGAAAGAUGUAGAGAACGACUUGGAAUCAUCUUCAAUGAAAGUCUCUAAACUCGAAGUAACUGAAAUAGGGAAGCCAUCGCCAAAACGCAAAAUGGAACCUGAUAUUGAAGAGAUGGAUAGGACCCCUGAAAAGGACAAAACUUCAUCAUCCACAGCCCCAGCCAAAAAAAUUAAGCGCAACAGAGAAACUGGUAAAAAAACUGGAAGUACAGAAAAUAUGUCUAAUACAAAAGAAACCUCUGAAACAUUGGAGUCAACAUCUAGCACAGUUAAACAAGAAAAAGUCAAAGGAAAGGUCAGACAAAAAGUAACUGGAACCGAAGGAUCCAGCUCUACUCUUGUGGACUAUACCAGUGAGAGUUCAACUGGAGGCAGUCCUGUGAGAAAAUCUGAAGAAAAAACAGAUACAAAGCGAACUGUCAUUAAAAUGAUGGAAGAAUAUAAUAAUGAUAAUAUAGCUCCUGCUGAAGAUGUCAUUAUUAUGAUUCAGGUCCCUCAGUCCAAAUGGGAUAAAGAUGACUUUGAAUUGGAGGAAGAAGAUGUUAAAGCCACACAGCCUGUAUCAAGUGUAGGAAAACCUGCCAGUGUUAUAAAAAAUGUUAGCACUAAACCAUCAAAUAUAGUCAAGUAUACUGAAAAAGAGAGCGAGCCAGCAGAGAAACUUCCAAAACUCGACAAGGAAGGGAGCCAUGAAAUCCUACAACAUGAGGUCAAAGGUUCAAAAAACUCUACAUCUAGUGAAAAAGGGAAAACCAAAGAGAGAGAGAUGGAUCAUUCAGUGUUGGAGAAGGAAAAUCCUGAAAAGAGGAAGAGCAGCAUUCAGCCAGAGAAAGAUAGUAAUUUGGACCGUCUCAAUGAACAAGGUAAUUUUAAAAGUUUGUCUCAAUCUUCCAAAGAGACUAGAACUUCAGAUACGCGUGAUUCCACUUGCGGUUCCUCAAAUAGAGACUUUACUCCCAGUAGAGACCAAAAAACGGACUAUGACAGCAGAGAAUAUUCAAGUUCCAAGCGUAGAGAUGAACGGAAUGAAUUAACAAGAAGAAAAGACUCUCCUUCUCGGAGCAAAGAUUCUGCAUCUGGACAGAAAACUAAGCCAAGGGAGGAGAGAGGUUUGCCUAAAAAAGGAACAGGAGAUUCCAAGAAAAGUAAUUCUAGUCCCUCAAGAGAUAAAAACCCGCAUGAUCAUAAAGCCACUUCUGAUACUAAACGCUUAAGUGAAGAGACAAAAUCUGUAGAUAAAAAUCCUUGUAAGGAUCCUGAGAAGCAUAUGUUAGAAACAAGGACCAGUAAAGAGUCAAGUGGCAAUAAAUUACUUUAUAUACUUAAUCCACCAGACCCACAGACUGAAAAAGAGCAGGUUGCUGGGCAAAUUGAUAAGAGUGCUUCCAAGCCUAAACCCCAGUUAAGUCACUCCUCUCGACUUUGCUCCAACUUAACUAGAGAAACUGAUGAAGCUGCUUUUGAACCAGAUUAUAAUGAAAAUGACAGUGAAAGCAAUGCAUCAGGAAUAAAAGAGAAAGAUGCUUUGGGGAAAAUUUCUAAGGAACUGAAAGAUAAAGUCAUAGAGAAAGUAAAAGAGAGCCCAGACACAGCAGCAGUCAGCCAGAUAGGUGUCACCAGGAGCCAGAGGCAGAGCAGUCCCAGUGUUAGUCCAAGUAGAAGUCACAGCCCUUCUGGAAGCCAAACUCGAAGCCACCGUCGCCGUGCCAGCUCGGCAGAAAGUCAGGACGGCAAGAAGAAGAAGGAAAAGAAGGAAAAGAAAAAGCACAAGAAACAUAAAAAACAUAAGAAGCAUAAGAAACAUGCAGGCCCUGAAGCAGAAUGGGAAAAAAGCCAGAAACAAAAACACAAGAAAAAGAAAUCAAAGAAGAGCAAAGAUAAAGAUAAGGAACAGGAGAAGGUGGAGAAGGAGAAAGACGACCAAAAAGUGAAAUCUGUCACUGUGUAG